AUGAAAAAAUCUGAUGCUACUUCUCUAGCUCAAGAAAUAGUAAAAUUUUUUCAAGAAAAUAAUUUGGACAUCAAUAAAUGCGUUGCUCAAUGCUAUGACGGUGCUUCUGUUAUGAGUGGUGUUUAUUCGGGAAGAAAUAAAAAUAAAGAAAAAGAUGUUUCAAGUAUGAAAGUUGAGCUUUUGUAUCAAGUGGUUGAUAGGAUUGUAACGCAGUUAGAUGAACGUUUUUCAAAAAAUGAACAAGUUUUUGACAUAUUUAAUGUAUUUGACUAUACAAAUGCUGACUUUCUUCAUGCAGAAUGUGGUACUAUUAAUAAGUUCUUAGACCACUACAAAAGUUUUCAAAUUAAUACUUUAAACUUGUCAUCAGAAUUUUCUUCAAUAAAGGCAACAUUAGAACUAGAAAACAAUUCCCAAUUUAAAUUAGAAUUAAUAUUAAAUAUUGUUUUAAAUCUACCGUAUGCAUUUCCUGAAACAACAAAAAUAUUGUCCAUAAUGCUAACAUUACCAGUGACAACAGCAUCUAAUGAAUGUUUUUUUUCUUCACAGAAAAGGAUAAAAAAUUUCUUAAGAACAUCAAUUGGUGAUGAAAAAUUAAAAGAUUUAAUGGUUCUUGGAGUUGAAAUCGAAUAAACAAAUCAAAUCAAUUUGAACGAUGCAGUUGAUGAUUUUGCAAAAAUA